AGACAAACACUCUCUCUUCUCCUCACUCCUUUUCACGCAAAUAACGCACGUUUCUCCCUUCUUUUUCCUUUCUUCUCCUUUGCCUUUCGACUUUCAAACCUACAUUCCCUCUCGAGACUCUGUUCUCCCCCUGUCUUUGUCUCUCUGUUUUGUCUUGCUUGGUCCUGAUACAUUUGUGCGGUGGAUGGUGUGACUAUCUGUGUGCUUGGUUUUGCUGUUUCUCUGGUGGGUUUUUAUUGUCAAUGUGGUAUGGACCAUUUUCAUGAAUGCUGCAAUUGAGAUGUUUAAGGCUGAGGAAGAUUGUCAAGGAUAGUUCGUGGUGCUGUGAACCUGUUCUGAGACAUGGGAAUUUAGUUUAAAAGGUUCUCUUCUUGCAACAUGGGAUUAGGUCCUGAUGCUAUCCAGGUGGGGGCUUGGAAUGUGGGAAAAUUAAACGGAAAGAAGAAGGAUUGCGAAGCUGAGGGGCCAGGGUGCUGGAUUAAGUUAUGGUUUAUUGGAAGCUGUCUAUCUCCAAGGUCCAAAGGGGAUAGUUCCAUAAGUGUCAGUGGCUCUCAAUAUGAAAGUAAAUCUACAAAUGAUACCAGCAGGCACGAACCAGUUCUUCCAGUUGCGUCAACUUCAACCACUAGCACAGCUGAAAGCACCCCAUCCACUCCCAAUGUAGACCAGAGAGCCUUCUUGGGGAGGGGGGUGUUUGGUUGCGUCUUCAGAGGUUGGAUCAAUGAGAACGGAACUGCUCCUGUGAAACCUGGUACAGGAUUGUCUGUUGCUGUCAAAACCCUCAAGCAUGAUGGACUUCAGGGUCAUAAAGAAUGGCUUGCUGAAGUUAAUUACCUUAGUGAUCUUUUGCAUCCUAAUUUGGUCAAGUUGAUUGGCUAUUGCAUUGUGGAUGAUCAAAGGCUCCUUGUCUAUGCCUCGAGGAAGCUUGGAGAAUCACCUAUUUCGAAGACUUUGAGAAAAUUUAUCCCAAAACCCUCCACCUCUACUUGUUUUGAUUUACAAUAUCAGCAGCCUAGGUCUCUUCCUCUGCCCUGGUCCACCAGAAUGAAAUUUGCUCUUGGUGCUGCCAAGGGCCUUGCCUUUCUUCAUGAGGAGGCUGAAAGACCAGUAAUUUAUCGAGAUUUCAAAACAUCUAAUAUCCUUUUGGAUGUGGUGUGUGACUGGAAUGAUGUUAACAAUUUCCUUUUUCUCUUUUCCAUGUAUUAUCCCUUGUCUAAGAGUCAGCCAACACCUUGCCAGGAUUACAAUGCCAAGCUUUCUGAUUUUGGACUGGCCAAAGGUGGUCCAGAGGGAGAUAAGACUCAUGUAUCAACCCGAGUGAUGGGAACCUAUGGUUAUGCUGCCCCUGUGUACGUAAUGACAGGGCAUCUGACAUCUAAGAGUGAUGUCUAUAGCUUUGGAGUGGUUCUUCUUGAGAUGUUGACAGGCCGAAGAUCCAUGGACAAAAACCAACCAAAUGGGGAGCAAAACCUAGUGGAAUGGGCUCAGCCGUAUCUUGGAGAGAAACGAAGGUUUUACUGACUUUUAGAUCCUCGCCUUGAAGGAUGCUUCUCAAUCAAAGGGGCACAGAAAGCAAUUCAAUUGGCUGCCCACUGUCUUGGCUGUGAUCCUAAAGCCAGACCUUUGAUGAGCGAAGUUGUUGAAGAACUAAAGCCUCCGACAAAUCUCAAGGACAUGACUUGUUCAUCAUCGCACUUCCAGGGCAUGCAAGCAGAGCGUGUGGGAUCCAUUGCAAAUGCUAGAAUUGGUGGUAGAGUGCAGGGUGGUUUCCCAUCAAGGAAUGUUCGAGCAAGCGGAGCAUAUUUAUGCCAAAUGGGCCACAUGUUUCUUCAUAUCACCAUGACCAGCUUCAUCGGUCACCGAAACCUGAUUUUGGACAAUCUUCAGGUUAAGCCCAUGCCUAUAUCUCUCCCUUGUCUUAUUUCAUUUUAUGUGUUUCUGUAUGGAGAAUGCGUUAGUGGGCUUUGGAAGUUAAUGCUGAUGAGCCUGACAUGUUCCUAUUUGAGUAGAAGGGCGUUAAUGGGCUCUGCACUGGGGAGAAACAUUGAAAGGGUUCUUUUGGGAUCUUAUGAAUGUUUAAAAUAGUUAAUGUCCUUUCUGUAGUGCUUACCUCACAUCUUCUAUGCUAUCAAGGUUGAUGCAAAUUAUGGACUACAGUUUCUGCGGUACAGCACUCCAGCAUGAUGCCAAUCAGGAUCGACUUAAAAAAGACAAAAAAAAAAAAAGAAAAAAAGAAUGUUGCAUUUUUUGAACAAUUUUCCUAUUUGCAUUACAACCAAUUUCUUCUGUUGAGUGCUGAACCUAGUCUCAGUGCAUUCAUAUGUUUCU